GUACAUCUCUGCUCUGACAACAUCGACAAUAUUGUGGCCCGAGGGUAUUUGUACGAGCAUGUGGGUGAGAUCAAAGUACACUGCAAGGAUUACGAUGAUUCACAUGCUCGGAUCAUGGUUUCGGAAAUCCUGCAAGAGGACGCUGAAAUCCCAGUCCCACUUGAAGAGUUCAGAUAUGUUAGGGACGUGUACCAGAUGUUCCUUCCUUGGCCUAAACACUUAAUUUUAACAACCGAGGGUCCACUCGCUCAACCGCCCUCAAGACGUGAUGCGUCAAAGGGGAAAGCUCCGAUGCUUUCUCCACAAAGCCGUGGUGCACGGGAAGAUGAGUUGUUCACGGAAGAGAAGAUGGCGUUGAUCCCUAAUUCGCUGAAAUGGAUGAUUCAUGAAUUCCUAAGGCUCAAAGAUAAACGUGAUAUAAUCACAAUUUCUGUCCCCCGAGGAUUCAUUGCACCGCGUACCCAGAUCAUUUUAUCUGGAGAGGAUUUGCAGCAGGUUGCUACGUGUAACUACAUCGGCAACCAGGGAAUGCUGUUUGGAAUGAUGCACAUAUGGGAGAGCAUCAACGGUCUGAGAAAAAUUUUCAAGUUUUACGACCCAGAGCUUCUCACGUUUCUAUAUGCUUGA